AGUUCCCGUGCCCUGUGGGUAAUUAGUGUCCUUGGAGUUAAAUAAGCUAAUGGCGGGCACCUCUGGCCCAAGCAAUUAUGUUUGUGUAUUGAAUAAUUGAUUCAAAGGGGGGAAGGGCCGCUAAUCAGAUCUGCGCAUAAUGAAUUGAUUUAAUUAACAGGGGAAUCUAAGAGGCCCUGGGAAACGCAGGCUUCACUCGGCUGGGGCGAGCGCGGCCGGCGCGGAGAAAGAACGGGCGCGCGGCGGCUGCGGCUCCGGCCCGGCCCGGGCGGCGGCUGCUCCCGCGGCACCUCGCGCAGCUCCGGCGACCUCAGCCCGGCAGACGCACCUCGCCCCCGCCUCUGGGUCGCGCCUUGUCCGCGGGGCUGAGCUCCCGGAGCGCGUCCGUCCGCCCCCAUCUGCGGCCGCCGCUCCCGGGGCGCGGAGCCCGCGCGGGGCCGGCGAGAACAACGCAGGCGGCGGCGGCGGAGUCCGAGCCGCGCGCCCCUCCGCGUCCUCGGCCGUGGCAGACCGGGGCCGCCCUGCGACCAUGGUGUUGGACCAGGAGGACGUUCCUUGCAAUUCUGAGGCACAAAAGUAGGUGAGACUGCUUUUGUAUCUGCGAAGUGCUUCACUCCUGAAUGUAAUUCUAGCUGAGUGCAAUCUAGGUUAAGAGCCGGACAAGCGGGUAAUUAGAGCCCGCUCACCGCCCGAGGACCGGCCGCCCGCGGAAGCGCGCCCGGAGUAGGCGCCUUCUCCCAGCCGAGCCGAGCUGCGGCUGGACACGGAGCGCCCGAGAUGAUGGUGCUGGACAAGGAGGACGGCUCGGCGCAGUGGUGCUUCGCGCAGAGCGUUUCGUCUUUGCGGCUGCACCCUCACCGCAGCCAUCACCCUCGUGCCGGCCGCGUAACCCGAGCGCUGAGCGCCUAGCAAAUCAGUGGCUUCGGAGAAUCGGACUCCAGAGCUUCCGGAGAGUGCGCGCGCGGGAAGACGGCGCUCGCCUCGGGGAGCCCGGCGGGCGAGGGGAAGGCCAGCUGGAGCCUGGGGACACAGCCGCCCGUGAGCAUGCCUCCGUGAGAAAAAGAGACGCCUCUCCUCUUGGCCCACUGUCUCUGGCUCCUGAGCACAGAGACGGGGAGUUCGGCCCAGAGGAAGAAAGUAUCCCGCUACCGGCCAGUAGCACUCCUGCAGCAGCGGCCGGCGAGGGUGGCGUGGACCUGCCUGGUCAAGGGCCCAGGUGUGCCGAUGCUCUCCGUCCAGCCCAAGGGGAAGCAGAAGGGCUGUGCGGGCUGCAAUCGCAAGAUCAAGGACCGCUACCUGCUGAAGGCACUGGACAAGUACUGGCACGAGGACUGCCUCAAGUGUGCCUGCUGCGACUGCCGCCUGGGCGAGGUGGGCUCCACUCUCUACACCAAGGCCAACCUCAUCCUGUGUCGGCGCGACUACCUGAGGCUGUUUGGUACCACAGGAAACUGCGCUGCCUGCAGCAAGCUGAUCCCAGCCUUCGAGAUGGUGAUGCGGGCCCGGGACAAUGUGUACCAUCUCGACUGCUUCGCUUGCCAGCUCUGUAACCAGAGAUUUUGUGUGGGAGACAAAUUCUUCCUGAAGAACAACAUGAUCUUGUGUCAGAUGGACUAUGAGGAGGGGCAGCUCAAUGGCACCUUUGAAUCCCAGGUUCAGUAACGCCCCACGCCUGGCCUCCAGGCACAUCUGCCCAUCUGCCCGCCUGCCCGCCUGCCCAGCCGGACAGCCACUCUCCUGCCGAUUAGAGCUCCUCUGUCAUCGAUGGGAGGGAUGGCCCUUCUUCCGCUGCCACCCUUCUGUGUGUGACCCCUCCUGGGGCCAGGCUGGGCCUGUACAGUCUGUUUUCUGUAUAUAAAUGGGAACAUUUAUUUUAUGAGAAAUGUAAUGCGAUUUUAUUACUGGCGUGGAUUAAACUUAUGAAUGU